AUGGCAAGCAACGAUGGGAAGAGCUUCCCCCCAAGGAAGUGGCACAGAAGAGUACCGUUCCUAUCAGCCAAGCCAAUCCAGCAGAGACUUACAGCGCCAAAGUCCCCUACACCAGGCAAUGUCGAGCAUCAAAAUGAAGACAAGCUUCCUCUACCCGAGCUUCAGGCAAAUUGGCUGUCAAUUUUGACCUUCAAUUGGCUAGGUCGCCUUUUGCGAACGGGCUAUACAAGACCUCUUCAAGCAGAUGAUCUGUAUGACAUGCCCAGCAACAGGUUGGCAGAAGACCAUGCAAAUCGCCUCGAAGAAGCAUGGGCUGCAAGACUUGCUACAAAUCGAGGACGAAAGCCUGUUAUUUCAUCAAACCCGUUCUCAUGGAGACCAUUCUGGGCAAGACAUACAACUGAUACAACUGUCUUGACCUUGGCUCUCAAUGAUGUAUGCUUCAAAUGGUUCUGGCUUGGCGGAGUCUUCAAGUUAGCUGGAGACUUGUCGCAAAUUCUAUCGCCUCUUCUCAUCAGAUUCCUUAUCGCCACAUUAUCCGACUCAUCGCAACAAGGUCUUCGUUCAGGCUUUGGCUACGUCGUCGGACUCUUCCUGCUUCUAGUCUUCUCAGUCACCUCAAAUGUUCAUGGCUUCUAUCGCUCUUACACGACCGGUGUCUUGCUCCGUGGUGCGUUGAUGCACGUCAUUUAUCGAAGAGCCACGACACAACUCAGCGAAAAGGCCAAGCUCAAACAUGGUCUCGGUACUGGAAAGCUCAUGAGUCUCAUCAGUGCUGAUGUGACACGAGUUGACUUUUGCUGUGGCUACUUCCACGUCGCAUGGACAAGUAUCUUCCAGAUGCUGCUAUGCUUCGCUUUGACCGUGUGGACAAUGGGGUACAGCGCUCUGCCGGGAUUCGGUCUGCUUGCGUUAUUGUACCCUCUUCAGUCUUUUAUGAUGGGCCGCUUACUUCGACUGCGACGGGGCAGCAUGCCUUUCACUGACGCCAGAGUCAAAGCUGUUGUUGAAGCCGUUGCCGCUAUUCGCCUCGUCAAGACGAACGCUUACGAGGAGAGCUUACUUUCUAAGAUUGGAAAGUUGAGGUCUGACGAAGUCGUGUAUAUUCGCAAGAGAAUGCUUCUCAGGGCUCUCAACACUGCGGUCUCUUACACGGCACCGACUCUUGCCUCGGUCGUCAGCAUUGUUUGCUAUGGAGCGACCAGUAAGAAUGGCAUGGACGCAGGCGUUGUCUUUUCCGCGCUUGCACUGUUCAUGUUGUUGAGAACGCCUCUACAAGCUCUUCCAACAGCUCUGUCGGCUAUUGCAGAUGCUCGGGCUGCACUGGAGCGACUGGCGUUGUUUAUGCUCGCUUCUGACGUGGACCCAACUUCCCCUUCAUCCAGUCCUCAAACCAACUUUGGCUACUCUGCAGAGGAAAAGCAAGCGUCUGAUAUCGUGAUCCAGGUAGAGGACGCCACUUUUGCUUAUCACGAUGACGCGCAGCUUCUGGCAGCAGAAGAUGAGAGGGAUGCCCUACAGGAACAGUCAGAGAGCAAAGCGACUAGUCAGAGCCAGAGACUGUGGCUCAACUCGUUGCUGGUGAAACGCAAUCAGUUGGUCUGCAUCGUUGGAGCGGUUGCAUCAGGCAAGACCUCGGUCUUGAAGGCACUCCUCGGAGACAUGCAUCUCAUUCAAGCACGCUCCUAUCAGCUCAGCCUAACGACUUCCUCCUCUCAGAUUGCCCUAGCUCCACAAACUGCAUGGCUUCUCAGUGAAACGGUGCGAGAGAACAUCAUCUUCGGUAGACCUCUCGAUCUCGCGUGGUAUGAUGAGGUUCUCACACGCUGCUGUCUUCAUCAAGACAUGAAGGCUUUGCCCGACGGUGACAUGACCGUCGUCGGAGAGAAUGGUGUUUCGCUCUCCGGCGGUCAGAAGCAACGCAUCAGUCUUGCGAGAGCUAUCUAUGGCAGAAGUCCACUCCUCUUCCUUGACGACUGUUUCUCCGCUCUGGACGCUCACGUUGGUGCUCGUGUUUUCGACAUGGUCGUCAAUCAGGCACGUCGCAAUAACGAGGGCACCAUUGUGCUGGUUACACACUCUAUUCCGUUCGCUAGACAGGCUGAUCAUAUCGUCUACAUGGAAAAGGGUCGCAUCGCCGAGCAGGGCUCAUUUGAGCAGUUGUCUGGUCGGAACGGAGCCUUUUCCCAGUUCGCAGGGUCCUCAACGCUGGUCUUGGACUCGGACUCAGACUCCGAAACAGCAGGGAGUGGUGAUUCUGAGAAGGCUGUACCUGAAGAAUCCAGCACCAAGGACUUACCGGCUGAUGCAGCCAAGUCUGAUCCUAAGGACAAGCAGGCAACCCAGACUCGCGGCAAAGAGGUGAUGCAGACUGAAGAAAGAGUCGUCGGCUCAGUCAGUGGCCGAACAUACAUCCGCUACGCACAAUUCGGCAACGCCUGGCUCACAGUCCCUCUUCUUAUUCUCUCCAUUUCGAUCUACCAAGGAACCAGCGUCGUCUCACCGCUCUGGCUUAGCUGGUGGCAGAAGAACCAAUACACCACCAUAUCCGAGGAUGCAUACAUGGGAGGAUACGCCGCUUUUGGAGCUGGGCAGUCUCUUGGUCUGUUCUGCAUGAGUGCCACCUUUGCUCUGUUUUGCUUCUGGUGCUCUAACAAGCUUCACCAUGCAUCAAUGUCCAAGGUUCUUCUUGCGCCUGUAGCUUUCUUCGAUACAACACCUCAAGGUCGUAUCACACAUCGGUUCAGCAAGGAUGUUGAUGCAGUGGACAACGUGGUUGGUGAAACUCUGCGACUCUUCAUCUCGACCUUUGUCCAGGUCUUGGGAACAAUCAUCGUCGUCAGCAUCAUUGUACCAGCUUUUCUAGCAAUCGCAGCCGUUCUGCUGCUCAUCUAUACCUGGACGGGCAUGUACUACCGCCCAUCUUCACGAGAACUUCGUCGACUUAAUAACCUGCUUCGAAGUCGCAUCUAUGAGCAUUUCGGAGAGUCACUCUCAGGUCUUCCCACUCUCAAGGCCUUUGGUGCAGUCCCUCGUUUUGUCCAUGAUAACGCGCGCAAGAUCGACACGGAGAACACGGCUUACUGGUUAUCGGUCUCUUGUCAGCGCUGGCUGAACCUUCGUCUAGACCUUUGUGGUGCGACUCUUGUCUUGGCUGCAGGUUUACUGGUUGUUGGACUCCGCGGUACCAUUGAUCCUUCGUCUGGCGGUGUAGUCUUGUCCUACAUAGUCACGGCUCAGGCUGUAUUUGGUAACAUGAUUCGCCAAAGCGCCGAGAUCGAGAACAAUAUGAACUCGGUGGAGAGGAUGCUUCAUUACGCCUACAACAUCGAGCAAGAGCCUGCGCAUCAGAUCGACAACGUUGACAAGGAACUUAAGUCCCGCCAAUGGCCGCAUGCUGGUCAUGUUCAGUUUCAGUCUUUCACCCUCAGCCAUCGUCCUGGACUUGAGCCUGCACUGAAGGAUGUCAACCUGGAUAUCAAGGCUGGUGAAAAGGUCGGCAUUGUCGGCCGUACUGGUGCUGGCAAGACUACCUUAAUAUCUGCAUUGCUACGAAUCACCGAACCUACGAGUGGCCGAAUCCUCAUCGAUGGAGUCGACAUUCACACGGUUGGCCUUCACCUCCUCCGAUCAAGCCUCUCCGUCAUCAGCCAAGAUGCUGUUCUUCUAGCUGGUACCAUCCGCUACAACCUCGAUCCUUUUCAACAAUACGAAGACGAGUGGCUGCAACAAUGCCUGGACCGCCACGAGUCCGAGUCCGGCAGUGAGGGAUCAAGUCUGAACUUAGACUCAGAAGUCAAAGAGAACGGCUCCAACAUCUCCCAAGGACAAAGGUCUCUCAUAUCUAUUGCAAGAGCGCUCGUUCGGAAGUCCAAGAUUGUGAUUCUGGACGAGGCAACGGCUUCUAUUGAUGGCAGAGCAGACGCGAAGCUUCAAGCCAUGCUGAACGAGGUCGUUGGGGAUGCAACUGUUCUUACUGUGGCUCAUCGACUGGAUACGAUUGUUGCUACGUGUGAUAAGGUGGUCGUGAUGGAUAGCGGCAGAGUAGUUGAGUUUGACACUAUUUCGGAAUUGUAUGCCAGACCAGGCAGCGUGUUUAGAUCUUUGUGCGAUGCAGCAAAGAUUUCCAUUUAGUCACAGCCUUCGCAAGCAAAUAUUUCAGUUCGAGCCCAUAGAUCUUCU